AUGCUAACAGACGGGCCUCAUCAUCACUUCUACGUUAUAGAGGAAUCAUCGAUGCCAUCAGCUCACGUGCCCGACUACGUUCUGGCGAGCAGCAUUCCUCAGUCAGGUAUCCGAAAAUCUAGAGUUGUAUGGGACAUCGCGAUCGACUCUGACCACCGUCCAGUUCUUCUCAGCUUCAAGAUACAGUUCCACAAGAGAAACCGAGGAGCUUCUCUUCAACCGAAAAUUGACAUGGCAAGUCUGAAAGACGAAGAAUGCAGAACGAAAUUCCGCCGUGUGUCUACUCAUGGUGGAGUACGGACCAGGAAGCUUAACGAUGCGGAUUCCUUCACAAAGUGCAUCCAGGACGCUGCAAGGGAAACGCUUCCGAUUCUAUUCCCGCGGAAGAAUUUUGCCUUUGCAUCUGCGGAAACAAAAUCCGCGUACAAUUCUGUAUCUGUCGCGCAGCACUGCGGCAAAAUGGAAAGAUGUUCUCCUAUCCUCAACACUGCCAAUGGAGUAGCUGUUGGUGAAGCAACCCUUCCAAUUUGGAGGGAACACUUCAAGACCUUGCUGAACCGGCUAGCACCGUCAGCUCCUGAACUCGAGCACGUUCAUAGGCCGACAUAUGUGGUUAACGAGGAACCUCCGACCGAGUUCGAGGAGGAGUUAUCGAGGAAUCUCCUUGCUGCGUGUUAUGCACAAGAUUUUGGAGCGGAUUAUUCUGGUCUUGAUGACAUGAAUCAACGAACAACUGCUGCAGUUCGAACACCAGCCGGAUGUACAACACAGUUUGAGGUGGUAACUGGAGUAAGAAAAGGGGCAGUGGCAGGACUCUUCUUGUUCAAUUUCGCCAUCGACGACAUUAUGCGAAGAACAGUAGAUCAGUGUCCUACCUAUAUCAUUCUAGCACCGUCAGGACGCCCCUUGACCGAUAUCGAAUACUCUGACGAUGUUGUUAUAUUCGCGAAAAGCGGUACGAAACUUCAACAUGUUGUCAACCUUGUAUCGAAGCUGGCUGCAGCCUAUGGACUACGUCUUCGCAUGAAUGCAAGCAAGUGUGGAUCUCCUCGAGACCUCGAACGGGAAUCAGGGUUAACGGACAACCGAUAG